AUGUCAACUUUACUCAAAAAAUGGUUUUUAUCAGAAAAGCCACCAAACUCAACAAUAGCUGAUUUACAAUUGAGUUUUGAUAUCAGUAAAACAAUUAGAAAAGUGAAAAAAUAUAAUUUUAGUAAGAAAGAUAUUUUACAUUAUUCUUUCUUAGGAUCAAUUUUCUUAUUUGUGUUUGUUGCAAAUCCAGCUCCAUUGAUUUUGAAAACUUUAUUCUAUUGUUUUCUAAUUUUAUUAUUUUUAUUACCAAUUACCUCACAAUUUUUUUGGAAUGCAUUACCAAUUUUAACUUGGUUAGCAUUAUAUUUUUCAUCAUCAUAUUUCGAUGCAACAAAAAGACCAACAAUUACUGUAAAAGUUUUACCUGCAAUUGAAACUAUUUUAUAUGGUGACAAUUUAAGUGAUAUUUUAGCUACAACGACAAAUUCUUUUUUUGAUAUUUUAGCUUGGUUACCUUAUGGUAUUUUCCAUUUUGGUGCUCCAUUUGUAGUGGCAAUCAUUCUAUUCAUAUUUGGUCCACCAACUAUAUUAAGAGGUUAUGCUUUCGCAUUUGGUUAUAUGAAUUUAUUCGGUGUCAUUAUGCAAAACGUUUUCCCUGCAGCUCCACCUUGGUAUAAAAUUUUAUAUGGUUUACAAACAGCUCAUUACGGUAUGCAUGGUUCUCCAGGUGGUUUGGCAAGAAUUGAUAAAUUAUUUAAUAUAAAUCUGUACACUUCAGGUUUCGAAAAUUCUUCUGUUAUAUUUGGUGCUUUCCCAUCUUUACAUUCAGGUUGUGCUACAAUGGAAGCUUUAUUUUUCUCCUAUUGUUUCCCAAAAUUAACUCCAUUAUUCAUAGUAUACGUGUUUUGGUUAUGGUGGUCAACAAUGUAUUUAACUCACCAUUAUUUCGUUGAUUUAAUGAUGGGUUCUGUUUUAUCAUACAUCAUUUUCCAAUAUACAAAAUAUACUCAUCUACCAGCAGUAGAUACUACCUUAUUUUGUAGGUGGUCGUAUGGUUCUAUUGAACAAUAUGAUAUGGUUAAAAAUAAUCCAUUGAAUGCUAGUCCAAUAGAUAUUGAAAGUGUUCCCUUAGGUGAUAUAGAUAAUAAUUUCGAAUUGAGCAUAGUAAGAGAAUCGAGUAGAAGUCCUUCGAUCUUCGAUGCUCCAUAUACUUCUCAAUCAUCUUCAACCUCAAAUACAUCUUUGGGAGAAAACCGUGAUCAAACAACAUCUCCAAGAUUAACGAAGCAAAGAACUACCUAA